AUGGAAAGCUCGCGGCGCGAGUUCAAUAAAUUCCUACAGGCUAUCACAGAUAGACACGACGCGCCGAAUCCAAACUCUCUGCACAGCCAUGCGUCUCAUCAAGACAAGGGCAAGAGCGGACAUCAGCACUCUUACGCAGCCCCCAGGCCAUCUGCUGAAUAUGCAGCCACUUUGCAGCAGGCCCCCGUUGAGGUUCUUACCGACGAUGAGGUUCCAGAGGCCGCAGCAAAGCACGCUUCUCAGAAAGGCAAGGCGAGACACGCGUCCAAGACUGGCAGGCAUGAGUCUCACAUUCUCCCAGGGUACUCUGGUGCCUCUGGCAACAUCAACAUCAGCGAUGCCGAGGAGGAGCACCAACCGCCCCCACAUCACACAGACACGUCUACACGGGACCCUCAUGUGUAUCAAAAUUACCAGGACUUCACUGAGCAAAUCACCGGCCAUACCUACAAGUGCCCCUUCGACCUCAGAACUGACAUCCAUGUGCCGUCUCUCGGCACAUUCCUCGACGACUACGUUGAUAGUUUUGGCUAUGAAACUAAGUUCAUUCACAGGGCCUACAAGGUGUCAGAGAGGUCAACGGAUCGAUACGACUUCAUGGCACGCACGAGUUGCUUUUUAUCCCAGUGGGAAGUGAUAUGGUUCUACUCACAUAUUGAUAAGUUUUCGGGCCCCUUUGCAGCUCCCCUUCGCAGGCGUUGCCUCGUAGCUGACUCUUAA